GGUAACAAGGAGAAGCAUUUUCCUUUUUCAGCGCUUAAUAAGGAGAAGUGGCAGGACAAAGGGUAGUGGUAGACCACCACAGCCACAGCUGUCGGAGUGCAUUUUCCUCUGCUGCAAAUUCCAUUAGAGUGAGUAACCAACGGACUGGCAUCAAUGGCGUCGUCACUCCUCGCUCUGAAGCGAUUCAUUUCCCCCAAAUCCCUCCGUCCGGCGACGGCGGCCCUCCUCCCCCCCUAUCGCCUCUUCACCACCAAAACCUCUCCUGACUUCGCCGCCCGCGACCGCAGCUUCGAUCCCGCCCCUGUCCGCAACUUCCCCUAUCCCUCCGCAGCCUACGAAACCGAUGAGAGUCUCAACAUAAGGGAGGACAUGCCUGGGGCUGGAAAAGAGAAUGUGGAAGUGCUGCUGAAACCAAACUAUUUGAUUUUGAAUGGGGAGCGGGAGAUGAAGCAGGAAAAGGAUGGCGUGGUGGUGACCUUGGUGUACAAGUACAAUGCCACCUAUUAUAUUUCGGAGGAGAAAUUCAACCUCAAUCAGGUUAAGGCUGUGAUUAAGAAUGGCGUGCUAAAUGUUGUGGUGCCCAAGGUCAGGAAAGACCAUAAGGGGGACUAAUAUGCUGGUGGGUUGUAUUUGUAACUUGACUAAUUCUGCGGAUGGGUAAAUGAAAGUGAGUUUUGGGUGGGUUAGGUUUUUAUUUUCUAGGUUGAUUUCAGAAGAGGGGAUACAGAACAUGGUUUCGGAUGGAAUUGAGAACAGGAUUUUGUGUGGAAAGUAGUGAUUAACUAGUUAUAUGUAGCUAAUGGUUAUGAACAUGAAAAUGGUUAGUGAAUGACAAUGUUGUUUUUAGUUUGACUUGGGAAUCUGAUUGUAAUUAAUGCAUAUUAUCUUCUUGGAUUA